ACAGGAGCUGCGGGUGAGGCAGGAGGGACAAAUAUGGCAAGAGCCUGGGUCCAGCCCUGGGGCUGCGCCCUGCAGGCUGUGCAGGAAAACAGGGCCUCCCGGGAACUGAGACCCUUUUCCGGGAGGGAGCAGCCAGGCUGUGUGGAAGAGUCCUUUGAGAGCUGGCUGGAGCACGCCAAAGACAUGCUGCAGCUGUGGUACCACGAGUUGGAAAGGGACAGGAGGAGGUGGCUGCUGGAGAGCUUGGGCGGCCCGGCCCUGGAUGUCGUGAGUGGCCUCCUGGAGGAAGAUCCCAACUUGUCUGCGCGGGACUGCCUGGCGGCGCUGGGGCAGGUGUUUACGGACCGGGACACUCGAAUGACUUCUUGGCUGAAGUUCCUGACCUGCACGCAGGGGCCCCAGGAGGGGCUGUUCGCCUUCGUGGUGCGUCUGGAAGGCCUGCUGCAGAGGGCGGUGGAGAAGGGGGCCGUCCACCAUGCCCUGGCCAACCGCUUUCGACUGCGGCAGGUGCUGUCUCGGGCCCGCCCCAGCGAGGCUCUCCAGGAUACCCUGAGGGGGAUGCAGCUGGAUAGGAGGCCGCCCGGCUUCCUGGGGCUGCUUCGGCUCAUCCGGGAGAUGGAGGUGUGGGCGGCCUCCCCAGCGAGGAGCCAGCAGGGUGCAGCCUGGCCAGAGGCCCCAGUGGAGAGUGAAGACCCAGCUGCCUCCCAGAUGGCCCCUGCCCGAGGAGAUGUCGCCCAGGCCUCCCCAGCCCGUGGGGAUGCCAGCGAGGCUGGUCCCGGAACAGAAGAUGCUGCUCAGGCUGAUUCUGCCACCAAAGACGCCGCCAGGGGUGCCUCUGCCACUGAGGAAGAUGAAAAUGCCCCUGCAGGCCUUAAAGGCCUAGGGCUGACAGGCCCCCCCGAGGCCCCUGGCCCCUCUCCAGCCUGGAUGGGCAGUGCAGCCAACAUGGCCCGAGGAGGUCCUGUCUGUGAGCCAGAGGGUCUUGUCCACGCGGGAGGCCAGGAGGCUGACAAGCCCUCCCAGGGGGGUUUAAGUCCAUCCUGGAGGAGUUGGAAAAUGAGGAUGGGCUUCUCCCCGGAGGCCCCCAGGACAUUCCUGAGAGAUGGUGGGAAGGAGGUGACAGGACACGGCAAACGCUCACCUCAUGACCACGAUGGUGACCGUGACUGUGGCAGGAAGAACUGGACCACUGACAGAGAGGGGCUGCCCUGCCUGAGGCUCCCCAGGGAGCUUUUGUCCUGUGACGAUCCUGUGAGAGCCAUAAUGCAGGGCCCUGCCCCAGCAAAUGGGCUUGAGAAGGGGCUUCCUGAAGCCAGUGGAUACUGCCAGAGUCCACCGUCCUGGCAAGAGGCAGACCUGGGGUCCUGGGGAAGGAGGGAGGUGGCCGCAGGGCCUGAAGCAGGAGCGGGGGAAGACAAGGCACCUUGCCAGGAACCCAAGGAGGAGAGGCCCGGGAUCUGUGGCCUGUCGUGGCUGUUUGCAGUUUCUCUCUGUGUUGUGGUUCCCUUCUCUUCAAUGGUUUCGAGGGCGCGCGAGGAUCACGAACGGGUUGGAGGCGCCGGCUGCCCUUUCCCUCCCUCAAGGUCUACAGCUGAGGCCAGAGGAGCCCUGGCGGCCAUGGCCUCUGGGGUGGAGUUAUCCUGA